CAUGCCCAGUCAGGCGAAAACCCAGAACUACGAACACUCAUGUACAAGCUUGUCACCCUAGCUAAUGCACCUGUUCACACCCACUUCAUUUUCGAUGGGGAGGACCGCCCCCCAAUCAAGCGCGGCAAGCAUGUGCGGUCAGCACCCCACUGGCUGACACGAAGCUUACAGGAACUCUUACAAAUAUUUGGAUUCACAUGGACCACGGCCAAAGGCGAGGCUGAAGCAGACUUAGCAUUUUUGUCGAAAGCAGGGAAGAUCAGUGCAGUAUUGACGGAAGACAGUGAUGCCCUGUUAUUUGGUGCGGCAAAAGUUUUAUGCCUCACAGACAAUGAUGACGGUACAUUCCUUGUGGAUGCCUACUGUGCUGAAGCCCUAUCAAACAACCCAAAAAUUCCCUUGACAACUUCCCAUCUCCUCCUUUGGGCCAUGCUCCGUGGAGGUGACUACAACCCAGGAGGACUUUUGGGGUGCGGCAGUCAGGUCAGCCAUGCGUUGCUUGUAGGUGACCUCAGUGACUCGCUGAUGCGAGUCAUGACAUCUGUGGCACCUGCACAGCUUCCAGGCAUGCUCAAGACUUGGCGUGAUCACCUCUGCACUGUCCUGGUUGAUGGUACUUUGGGGAGAAAGUAUCCGGCACUCGCAGCAUCCAUUCCUGCAGACUUUCCCAGUGUCGAAAUCAUGCACCUUUACCUUCAUCCAGUCACCACUUGGUCCGAUGGCACCAAUUCAUCUUUACUUCCACAACUCAAUCCCACUCAGCCUAAUAUUGGACGUCUUGCUGCAUUCUGCAAAGCUCGCCUUGGCUGGAUGCAACCAAAAAUUCACAAGUAUCUCAGGCACCAUUUUUGGUCCACUGCAUGCAUGCAGGCACUGUGCCAGGUGGGCCUUCUCUACCUCACUGUUGUCAGCGCUAACUCAUAG